AUGCAAUUGAGUAAUAAUGAAAGAAAACAAAUACUUCAAACAUGUAUAAAUAAUAUAAAGCAUCAACUGAAUUUAAUGAAAUCAAAUUUAAAUGAUAAUAAAUUGUUACAAGCUUUAAAACAUUGUUCAAAUUUCCUUAAUGAAUUAAGAUCAAAUAAUUUAACUCCAAAACAGUAUUAUGAAAUUUAUAUGUUGGUAUUUGAUUCAUUAGGGAUCUUGAGUUCUUAUUUAAUUGGUGGUUCAAACUCAAAACAAUCAAACUCGGUUUUUUUAGCUGAUUUAUAUGAAAUUGUUCAAUAUUCAGGAAAUAUAAUUCCGAGAUUAUACAUGAUGAUUAAUAUAGGUACUACAUAUAUGGCUAUUGAAGGAGCACCAACUAAAGAUUUAAUGAAAGAUAUGAUUGAAAUGUGUCAUGGUGUACAACACCCAAUUAGAGGAUUAUUUUUAAGAUAUUAUUUAAGUCAAAGAACUAAAAAUUUAUUACCCUUUGAUAAUGAAUCUGAUUUAAAUGAUUCUGUAGAGUUUUUAAUUUCAAAUUUCAUUGAAAUGAAUAAAUUAUGGGUCAGAUUACAACAUCAAGGUCAUUCAAGUGAACGGGAAUUGAGAUAUAAAGAACGUAAAGAAUUGAAAAUUUUAGUUGGAUCAAAUUUAGUUAGAUUAUCACAAAUUAUAGAUGAUUAUACAGAUGCAAAUGAGAAGUUUUCAUCAAUUGAUUAUUAUAAGGAUAAAGUAUUUCCAGUUAUAACUGAACAAAUCAUACAAUGUAAAGAUCAUUUAGCUCAAACAUAUUUAAUAGAUGUAAUAAUUCAAAUUUUUCCAAUUGAAUUUCAAAUAACUACUUUGAAAAAUUUAUUGAAUGAUGUGUUUUUAAAUUUACAUCCAAUGUUGAGGAAAUCAGAGCUAAUUGAAACUUUAGUUGAUAAAUUUAUAAAUUGUAGUGAAGAGUCAGUAGUCGAAGAAGAGGAAGAAAAUGAAUUAUUUAACCAAUUUUGGUCAUUUUAUUUAAAUUUGAAUGAACUAGAUCCAACUAUACCAAUUGAAGAACAUUCUAAUCUAUUACAAUCGUUUAUAAACCUAUCAUUAAGUUUUAAAAAUUCAGAAAAUUUCGAUAAUUUAAAUCAAAUUUAUAAACAUGCAUCAGAGAAUUUAACAUCUACAAGUGACUCAGAUGAAGAAAUGUGGUUUAAUUUGUUAAUUUUACCAAUAAACUAUUUCCGCUCAAUUAAUACAUUAUUCAAAUUAGAUAAUUAUUAUGACUUUUAUCAAAAGAUUCAAAAUAAUAAACAAUUACAAAAGAAAAUAUCAAUUACCAUCAUUGAUAAGUUACUAGAAAUAGGUGAACCACUCAAGGAUAUUUCUGAAAUUGAUGCAAUUUUUAGAUAUUUAUUAGUUUUAAUUAAAGAAUCUCCAUCAAAAUUAGACACAGCUAAAAAUUUAGGUAUUACAAAGACAAUAAAGAUAAACAAUGAUGAAAAAUUAAUAACAGUUGAGUUUUUAGAAAUUCAAGAAAAGAUUUGUAAGAUUAUACAAUUGAUAGAAAGUGAUCAAGAUGAUCCACUGAAAACAAUUUCAAAUUUAUCAUAUAUCAGAAAGAAGUAUUUGAAUAAAAGCUUGGAAAACAUAAUAUACACAUAUCCAACAUUAAUUACCAAAUAUUUAUACAAAUCGAAGAUUUUAGGAUAUUAUAAACCUCACGACACAAAUUUAUUAGUAUCAAAUUUUAAAAAUUUAUCAAUUAUAGUAGAUGAAUUUUAUUCCAAUCAUGAAGAAUUUUCAAGCUCCACAAUUUUAAAAAUUUAUUUAAAUAUUGCUAAUGUUGCAGAUCAAUUAAAAUUGAAUUCAAUAAGUUAUGAAAUUUAUAAUCAAGUAUUUGUAAUUUACGAAGAAAAUUUGAAACAUAGUAAAAAGAAAGGAUUUAUUAAUCCUCAUGAUUCUUUGAGCGGUGGUUCAAUUGCUUAUGAAUCAAUAAUAUUAAUUAUAAAUAGUUUGAUCAAAACAAGACAUUUAUUAAAGAAUCAAUAUGAAGAAUUAAUUACAAAAGUAACUUUACAUGGUUCAAAACUAUUGAAAAAGCAAGAUCAAUGUAGAGCAGUAUAUUUAUGUUCAAAUUUAUGGUGGUGGAAUGAAAUCCUAUUACCAAAUGGAGAAAAACCGACAACAAUGAUCGAAGAAGAGAAACCAAAAGAGGAUGAAAAACCUAAAAUGGAAAACACCAAUCAGAAAGAAGAAGGAGAAAGUAAAAAUGAAGAAAAAGAAAACAAUGAAGAAGAACAAGAUGAUCACAAAGACGAAGAAAAGGAGAAAGACGUUGAUGAACAAGAAGAAGAGGAAAUAUUGUUAUACCGUGAUGGCAAAAGAGUAUUAGAAUGCUUACAAAAAUCAUUACGUAUUGCUGACUCAUGCAUGGAUCCAUAUUUAUCAUUGAAAUUAUUUAUUGAAAUUCUAAAUAAAUGUUUAAUUUCCAGUAUUUAUGGUAAUGAUUUAAUUGAUUAUAAAUAUUUGAAUGGUUUGAUUGAUUUAAUUAAAACAAAUAUAGAUAAUUUACAGGAUCAACAAAAUGAAGAUGAUGAAGAAGUAGAAAAUGGAAAUGAUAAUGAUGAAGAAAAUGAAAUUAAAGAAACAGUAUUAUUAAAACAAGCAAUUGGUUAUUUCAACAAGACACUCUAUUAUAUAAAAGAACAAAAAGAAUUAGAAGGUAGAUUUCAAAAUGUAAAUAUACACUAA